UAUGAUUGUUAUCGAUAUAUGUGCCUAUUAUAUUUACAAUAGUUGACAUUAAUUAAUAUCUGUUGACCAUAGAUUCAAUAUGAUGAUGAUGGAAGAAUCAAAAGAAAAUAUUACUUUUAAAUCGUUAAGUGAAGAAGAAUUGUGCAACCAGGCAGAAAAUAUAGAAGAAAGUGCAAAGGUAUCCAAUAACUGCGUAUUUGCAAGAUGGUUAAAACCAGCAAGUGUAAAUGAAUUGAAAUUCGUGUCCAAAGAUGUUUUAUUGAUACAUGUCGAAAAAACGUUAAUAUUUUAUGACACGAAUACGCAAAAAGAAGAUAUCCUCAUAGUAGGCAGUAAAUCGACUCCAGGUGGCGGUGGUGAUGAUAAUCUAUGUUUAGAAGGUAUUGGAUGUUUCGAUUGCUGUGAUAUAGAUUUACUGGCCUUGGCUGAACAUCCACCAAUAUCCAAGGUGGUUAUAUGUUUAUAUCCUGAUCUGAAAGUUUUGGUAACUCUUAAUGAUAGUAGCUGCUCUGCCCCAUACAAAUCUAUACUGUUCCUGAGGUUGGAAUAUUUAAUCGGCCUGCGUGAUUACCCGGCAUUCGAUUUGAUCGUGUGGGCGUGGAGAAUUGGAGAAAAACUGUUGGUCGUCGACACCGGAUUCAUUCAGCCAAACCAAUAUCUAAAUCUGUCGCAGAUCACCACCGCCACUGGUCGAAACGACAUGUACCUGAGCCAGACGGAACACGAUGUUAGGUGUAAGCUCCAGCUGUGGACGUUGUUCGUGAGCUGCAAGACAGUGUACGCGGAGAGGACUCGGGUGAAAGUUCCCUCAGAUGCCUUGGCAUCAGGCUGCUGGACACCGUAUGGAUGGUAUGUGUUCUGCGACUCGUUGGCGAACGUCUACCGAGUACAACCCGGCGCACCGGAACCGGAAAUAGUCGUGGCGUCAAUGGAUUCUAUCUCGGAAAAAUGCGGAAAUGACGACGGUCUGGGCGCGUUGGUGUGCCCCAGCAAACAGGGUUUCGUAUUGUACGCGGCCAACCAAGACAACCGUCUAACGUGUUUCAAGGAUACCAGGGGUAUUUUUACAAAAAUAUGGACAAUAGUCGUUGAUCACAUAUUGCAGUGUAUGGUAGCUGUAAAAAAUGACGUUUACGGAUGGUCGGACGAGGGAACCCUGCUACGACUAACACAGAAAAAACAACAAAUAUUGAAAGUGUACGGAUCAAAAAUCAAGUAUUUUACUUUUAUCAAACCGACGGACGAAAUGGUGGCUACCAUAAACCAUACAAACAUUUUGCAAGUGUGGGAUGCUUCGACCGGAGAAUUUAAAAGCAAGAUGCAACUAAAUGGGACCGCAACGGAUUUGUGUAGUAAUCCAUUUUACCACUAUAUUGCCAUUACGUUUAAAAACGGUAAAAUAGAAUUGCUAAGAACUGCUUCCAAAGCAAACAAAAUAGAGUGCAUUACGAAAAUAGUACUAUGUGAUGAAGACUUAUCUUCGAUAAAAUUUUUCUCUGACGGAAACAUUUGUAAUGUCACUAGUUUCCCCACGGGCCGAUUUUAUUAUAUUAAUAUUACAUUAGGACAGCAAUGUGCAGUAUUAAGAGAACAUCAGUUGGAAAAACAUGUAAUUAAUAUUGAUAUAAUCGAUAAUAAAAAAUCAUCGUUUUUGACAGUUUUAUAUUCAGAUCUAAAAAACGCUGAAAAUGCUGGAAAUAAUAUUUUAAUAUUUGAUGUAAAUUUUAAUAUAGUUUUUAAAUUAAAAGAUAUGCAAAAUUAUUAUACAUCAGUAUUUAAAUGGAGUUCAUGUAGUGUGCCUGGUGUAUUAGACAUAGCGUUUACUGUCUUGCUGUCCAGAAGUAUUCAUUUGAUGACUAUAGAUAUCGAAAAGGAAACAAUGUUGAAUUUACAAACCAUAUCAUUAGAUCAUCAAUUAAAAAGUAUUAAGACAUAUACGAACGAAAAUCAUUGUAUAACAUUUAGUCCGGAUGGUUCAUACUAUGUUUAUGAGCUUAAUGAUGAUGAUCAAUGGAAAAAAAUUAUUAUGGUUAAUUGUAGUCAUUGGCAAAGUGGAGGGUUGAUAGCUGCUCAAAUCGAUGGCAAUGCCCAUAACAUGCUAACACUAAGUUAUCAAGGAAACUUUUUGUGUACAAGCUUUAAAGGCAUAUCAAAUAAUAGUAAGAAAAUUGAUAAAAUCAAUUUUCCAAUUAUUGAGGAUAAUUUUGUAACAAUGGGAAUCGGUUUUGAAGAUAGACCAGAAUCUCCAAAACGAAUGACAUGGGAAAUGAUUAAUCAACAAAACAAAUUAAAUGAAAGCAUAGUGAUUUACAGUAAUCAAAAACAACAAAUUAUACACAAUUUUGAAAAAAUAAAAGCAGAACUUCGACAUUUAUUGGAAACUAAUGUCAAUGGACCGGAAGACAUGAAAAUAGAUAUAGAAGAAUUCGAUUUAAAUGUAGAUUAUAGACAAAGUUUCAGAGAAAAGUGUAAGCUUAAACGUAAAGAGUACGAAGAAAAAAUUCUUAGUGACAUAUAUAAGUUUAAAAUGGAAACUGAAAAUAUUAUUAAGGAAAAAUGGGAAACACUUUAUAUAAAACCAAAAUCUAUAUAUUGUUUAAAAAAUAUAUAUAAAGUAGAUAACUAUGCAAUAAGUAUAAUAGACCAAGAUAUUAUUAAAAAAGCAAAUGAAAUCAUCGAAAAAAGAAUAUUAAUCAAAGAUAUGUCAGAACAAGUAUCUAGUGUUGAAGAUCAAUUUUCCAUAAAUAAAUUUAAGAUAUCAGAUGUUCAAUCAAAUUCGUUGGAAUCCGAUUACAAGCACCAAAGUAGUGAUUUAUCAAUGAUGGGUUCAAUCAGUUAUGAGUUUAUUGAAACUAUCGACACUCUAAAUUCUCAAUACAGUUAUUAUAAAUUAGAAAUGGCCGAAGAUGAAAUCAUUUUACUUAAAUUUAUGGUGAACAAAUUAAAGCAUAAAUUCAAUCAACUAUUUGAUGAUUUAUUUAUGGAAAAACAACAACAACUGAAUAAUUUGAAAGAAUAUAAUGAAAGAUUGCGUGUAAUCGAAAUUGAGUUGAGAUUGGCGUGCAAAAUUGAAUCUACUGAACCGUUACCCAUUGAUUACGAAUGGAAUAAAUAUGAAAAAAUCGAAGACCUUUUACAUGUCAAUGACAAUGAAGUUUCCGUAGAACUGUAUCGUAAUAAUAUAUUAUCUAACAAAGAAAUGUCGAAUGACGUGAAUUCAAGUACAGAAAAAAGAAACAAUGAAUCAGUAAAUCUUAACAAUUAUAGACAGCGAGCAUUGAUUUUUAUGAUGGAUGGUGUACUGGAAAAAAGGUGGGAAGAUGAAUUGAAAAAAGAUGUGCCAAAACCGCAAUGCAUUAUGUUAAACAAAAAUCCUGAGGAUUUUACGGAAGAUGAUUUAAAAGCUAUAGAUGAGUACAAUAAAUUAACUUUGAAUUUGAAUGACGAGAGAAUAAAAUACAAAAAUAUUCUCGAAGAAGAAAAAAUAAAAAUUCAUCAUCACAUUACAGAGAUUAUAGAAAAAUUUGACAAUAAUGUAUUUAUGUUGUUUCAAACAAAGUUGAAGUACAAUUCAGCUAUCGAUCAAGAGAAUUUGAAAAUGCUUAGGCUUUCAAAAAUGUUAAGCGAUAGUGAUCAACGAAGACAUCAAAUUCAACAACACAAUGAAACAAUUUUGGAAUUAAGUGAAACUAUAACGGGGAUUGAACAAAUUAUAACGGAAACAAAUAAAAAAAUAGCAAAAACCGAGCCAAAUUCUUUGCUCAAUACUAUAGAAACGUUGAAUCACAAAAACAACAUUCUUAAUAAACGUUUUAAAUCUGAGUUUCCGUCUAAACUUAUUUAUGAACAAGCAUUAAUAGCAUACAAUCGGAGACCUAAAUUACAAGGUAAUAUAAAUUAUUCGCCAAUACUCGGUUACCAGUUUGUCAACACUAUAAUGGAUCCAACUGACGAUAAGCUUCAACUUUUGACCUCAGAGUUUGUUAAAUAUUUAGAUACACUUAGGGUACAUGACGAUUAUAAAUACGUAGAUGAUUAUAAACUAAAUAUGGACAGAGAAACUUGGCAUAAGGUUUGCAAUUUUAGACGUAUGAAAAUUGAAUCAGAAUUUAAGAUUAGUGCUUGUCAAAAAGACGCAACUGACAAGGACAAUUUUUUGGAUAGUUUAAAGCGCAAUAAAGAAGAAAAUGAAGCAAUGAUUGAGAAAUUAAAAAUGUCUAUUAUAAAAUUAAAAAAUCAAGAUUUGUAUUAUGAGGAUAAUCCUGAGAUUCAAUUAGUUGUGACACAGGGGAACGUUGAAAUCACAUUAACAGGACACUUCAGUGAUUUCGAAAAUACUACACUUAUUUCUAAAAAUGUUAUUGAUGAAGUAAACGCUGAAAUAAAAAAAAUGGGCAAUACUAAAAUUGAUGCUUUAUCUAAUUUACUUAAGUUCAAACGUAAAUGUCGAUUUUUAAAAUGGGAACACGAUAUUCUAAAAAAACACAAAAUUCCAUUGUAUAAAUUUCGUUUUGAUCUCAUAACAUCAAUGAAAAUAACCGAAAAUAUGCUAAACUAUUUGAAGUUUAAGAUGAAAGGAAUAAAUAAUGCAGAGCAAGCUGAACAAAACAUGGACAAAGAGCUAGCAGCAAUUAAAUUUACUUAUACAAAACAGAAAGAAAAGUUAAAUGAAAAAUUAGAUGAAAUGUUAAAAAUAGUAAGAGAUACUAAGAAUAAAAAUAAAAAGGCAGAUGAAGACAUUAACCAAAUGAUGUCUGAAUUAAUCGAGUUAAAGUGCCUCAUUGAUUACGGUGUAAACGAUAAACUGAUGCGUUACAAUAGAGAAAAGAUGAAAAAUAUAAUGCAAUUUACACAGAUCAAUACCAAAGUGUUAGAAUUGCACAAAGAAAUUGAAGCGUUACAGAUAGAACUAGAAUUACUACUUCUCAAAACGUUUCCAACCUUGUAUACAAAUUUUUCAAAAAACAGUAGAAUAAGCAAUUAA